UUUACGCUAAGCAAAAAGUAGAGAAUAAGGGUUUAUGUUCAACAUAAAUUAUUUAAGUUUCGAUUCAGCAAAUGGUCCUUGUUUCAUAUUAAUAAUAAUUUUCCUUGCCUUUCCGCUUAUUUUGUUACUUUCUCUCGUAGCUGUAAAAAAACACUCAAAACGAUUUUUAUUUAUUUUAUUUUAGAGAAACACAAAUAUGUAUGUCAAAUAACUUCAAAAUUUCAAAUGAAUUAAUUUAAAAUGAUUCGGAAAACAUGGCACAAACAAAUUCAUCGUCGCAAAAUUUGGAAAACCUAUUCAUUGGCACCUAAAAUGUGGUAUUAUAUGAAACCUUUUGUCAUUCAUCUAAUAAUGGUUUUUAUACUCUUUCCCAUAAUUUACCCUACAGCAAUUUUAUUGGCAACAUACUGGGUUUUUCAGUUUGUUUGUGAAAGAGAUCUUGGUUUAACAUUUCCUAAAACUUUGGAUUUUCAUGGUUAUGUUCGGAAAGUAAUAAAUACUGAUCCAUCCAGGGAGCAUCAACAAGUGGUGCAAUUUCAUUUUGAACAGUUUAAAAUUAUAGCAGCAACAAUUGUUACAUUGAUUGAUUACAUUCGAUUGGCAACAGAUGCAAUAUUUGCGCUUUAAUAAAAAUAAAUUUAUUUUUUAAA